CAACACCAUGGACCUGCAAAAUUCCCUCUCCCAAUCAACAGUACCAUUGGCAUUUACCAUCUUUGGGCUGUUGUUAUUUCUCUUAGUUCUUUCGUCAAUAUCGAGAAGGCGCACUGCUGCAGCUGGAAAAGCACCACCAGAAGCUAACGGUGCGUUGCCUUUGAUUGGGCAUCUCCACCUUUUAGGUGGUUCACAACCACCUUAUGUAACCUUGGGCAACAUGGCUGACAAGUAUGGACCGGCAUUCACCUUGCAGCUUGGUGUUCACCGAACUUUGAUUGUGAGCAAUUGGGAAAUGGCUAAAGAGUGCUUUACUGUAAACGACAAAGCGUUUGCUAGCCGUCCUAAAUCUGUAGCCUUUGAAGUGUUGGGAUACAACUUUUCCAUGUUUGGGUUCAGCCCCUACGGUUCCUAUUGGCGUCACGUACGCAAGAUAGCCACCAUGGAGCUCCUCUCUACCAAGCGGAUAGAGAUGCUCAAGCACGUCAUCGAAUCGGAGGUGAAGGCAGCAAUAAAAGGGAGUCACGAUAAUUGGUUAAAGAUGAACAAGAGUGGUUCCGAAAAUGCAGUGACUGAUAUGAACAAAUGGUUCGGGGACAUAAUCCUAAACGUUAUGUUUAGGUUGACGGUAGGAAAACGUUUUGGUGGGGUGAAUUGUGAUGGUGACCAUGAAGAGAACGAAUGGAUCAGGAAAGCAGUAAGAGACUUUUUCGAUCUCAUGGGUUCAAUAGUUGUCUCUGAUGCACUGCCGUAUUUGAGAUGGUUGGAUUUGGACGGAAAAGAGAAGGAAAUGAAGAGGACAGCAAAAGAGUUAGACAGCUUUGUUCAAAUUUGGCUCGAAGAACACAAACGUAACAGGAAUUCUGGUUUAGGGGAAUGGAAGCGCAAGCAUGACUUCAUGGAUGCGCUUCUUUCCAAUGUUGACGAAGGUGAACAGUUUGGCGGUUGUGAUGCGGAUACUGUUAUUAAAGCUACGUGCCAGGGACUAAUUUUAGCUGGCACAGACACUACCUCAGGGACAUUGACUUGGGCUCUCUCCCUACUUCUCAACAACCGUGAAGUUCUAAACAAAGCCAUACACGAAUUAGACACACAAAUUGGGAAGGAUAAGAUGGUCGUGGAAUCAGACUUGCAGAAGUUGGAGUAUCUCCCAGCCAUUCUCAAGGAAACACUGCGCUUAUAUCCACCAGGACCACUCAGUGUGCCACACGAGUCCAUGGAAGACUGCACCAUUGGUGGAUACCAUGUGCCUGCUGGCACACGUCUCUUGACUAACAUUUCAAAAAUUCAACGAGAUCCCCUGUUAUAUAUGCACCCCUUGGAGUUCCGCCCAGAGAGAUUCCUCACAACACACAAGGACAUUGAUGUCAGGGGACAACAUUUUGAAUUGAUUCCAUUCGGUGCAGGCAGAAGAAUAUGUCCUGGUCUCUCAUUCGCUCUUCAAACGAUGCACCUAACACUUGCUACUCUGCUACAUGGGUUUGACAUUGUGACUCCUGAUGGAGGACCAGUCGAUAUGCUUGAAUGUGUUGGGUUAACCAAUAACAAAGCCUCUCCGCUCCGAGUCAUUCUUACUCCGCGUCUCUCUGCCCAUGCUUACCUUGAAAUUUAA